AUGGCAGAGUUUGGUCUUCGACCUCCGGGAGCAUUUAAUUUCGAUGAUAGUGAUCAAGCUUCACAGUGGGAUUCGUGGAAAAACCAGUUCAAUUGGUUUUUAAAGGCAACAAAGAAAAACAAGGAGGACGAAGAUGUUCAAGUCAGCGUGCUAAUCACGUGUCUGGGCCUCGAAGGGGCAAAAAUUUAUGACUCGUUUGUUUUUGCUGACCAAGGAGACAAACUGAAAAUCAAUCCGAUACUUCUUCAAUUUGACAAUCACUUUCGGCCACAGAAAAGUGAAACGUUCGAGAGAUUCAAGUUUAUGUCUCGCAGACAAGCAGUGGACGAGCCGUUCGACAAAUUUUUGCUAGACCUCAAAAGUUUAAUAGCAUCGUGUAACUACGAUACGCAACAAGACUCAUUAUUGAGAGACCAGAUAGUGUUUAGCAUCGUUGACAACGACACAAGAGAGCAGUUGUUGUGCCAAUCAACACUCGGUCUAAAGAAAACUGUAGAAAUUUGCCGAGCACGCGAGUCAGCAAGAAAAUUGGCCUGUCAAAUGCAGCAAGGAACAGAAGCCAGUCAAGCACAAGCGCAUGUGAACUUAUUGAAUUCCAGUAAAGGAUUUUCGAGUACCAGGAAAACACACAGUUCCAAGGAAAGUGCCAACGGAUUUUCUUGCCGAUACUGCGGAAAUCAGCACCCAAGGGGGAAGUGCCCUGCGUAUGGAAAGACGUAUGCCAAAUGUGGCUUGGAGAACCAUUUUGCAAAAGUGUGUGAACAGUCAGCCCAUCACCAAACUCAGCGGGGACAGUCGAAACGCCUUGAUAGAACAGAAGGAAAAUAUAACUAUCAACAGCAGCAGAACCAAGCUAACAAAAACUGUUCGUCUCUGCAAACUGAUACGGAGGUAACACCGGAAGAAUUCAUUAUAUCAUCAAUUGUUUCCACAGACAUGGAAGACUCAUGGUUUGUAAAUUUACAUGUAGAUGGAGUAUCAGUAAAGUUCAAAGUAGACACGGGGGCACAGUGUAAUGUGAUGCCCAAACACCUGUAUGAUUCUGUUGUAAAGACCAAAGUGUUACAGCCAGGCCCACGAGUGACGGCAUACAAUCGUCAACCGGUGAGAGUGGUGGGACAACAACGACUUAACGUCACGUAUAAAUGCCUCCAGUUUAAAGUGUUGUGCGUAAUAGCUGAGGAGGUGGACAUACCAGUGCUGGGGUUGCCGUCAUGCAAGCAAAUGAACGUUGUUAGAUUAGUUGACUCAGUGGAAAUUCCCCAGGCACUGAAUAGCGGUUCGGAAAAGUCAAGGCAAGUCUCAAUCAACACUCUUCUCAACAAGUACGCAGCAGUGUUCAAAGGAAUCGGCAAAUUACCUACCAAACAUCACAUUCAACUCAAGCAAGGAGUCGCUCCAGUAGUUCGACCGGCUCGACGAAUACCAUUCAAAAUUAGAAGUGCAGUGUUAAAUAAACUAAGUGAAAUGGAAAACCUGAGGCUAAUUCAAAAAGUCAGUGAACCAACGGAGUGGGUAAGUCCAAUGGUGGUCGCUAGGAAGUCAAAUGGGGACAUUAGAAUAUGUCUUGACCCAUAUGACCUAAAUAAAGCGAUAAAACGUCAGCAUUUCCAAGUUCCGUCGGCUCAGGAAAUAUUCUCAAGAAUAGGAAAAGCCCGUUAUUUCUCAACACUGGACGCGACGUCCGGGUUUCUUCAAGUUCAGUUAACUGAGGAGUCGACAUUUUUAACCACCAUGGCCACUCCAUUCGGAAGGUAUCGUUUCUUACGAUUGCCAUUUGGGUUAUCAUCUAGCCCUGAAGCGUAUCAGCAAAUGAUGACAGAAUUAUUUGGCGACUUACCGGGAGUGGAAAUAUACUUUGACGAUUUUUUUGUGUGGGGGGAAACCCUCGAAGAACAUAAUUCCAGACUGGAGUCACUGUUCGAACGCUGUGCGAAAGUCAGUUUGAAACUAAAUAUGGAUAAGUGUAAGUUCCUUCAACCAGAAAUCAAGUACAUUGGUCACAUAAUCGGCAACAAAGUCCUGAAACCGGAUCCUGAAAAAGUGGCCGCUAUAACGUCUUUCAAACAGCCUGAAAAUAAACAAGAUAUUCAGCGAUUUCUGGGGAUGGUCAAUUACUUGGCUAAAUUCUGUGAUACACUCUCUGAAAGAAUGUCUCCCCUACGAGUGUUACUCAAAGCGGACACGGAGUGGCAGUGGGACGCCAAUACUGACAGAGUGUUCGAGAGUAUUAAAAGUUCGGUGUCUAAAUUACCAGUUCUACGCUUGUUCGACUCAUCUCUCCCGGUGGUUUUGUCCGUUGAUGCCUCUCCAAUAGGUGUUGGGGCGGUGCUUAUGCAAAGGGGCCAGCCGAUAGAGUUUGCAUCCAGAACUCUUACUGACACUCAGCAGAGAUACGCCCAGAUAGAGAAGGAGCUGUUGGCUGUGCAGUUUGGACUACAACAUUUUCAUCAAUAUGUCUACGGUCAGACAGUUUCAGUCGAAACGGAUCACAAGCCGUUAAUCGGCAUUCAUCACAAGCCGAUAGCAUCGUGCAGUCCUCGUAUUCAGCGAAUGAGACUAUUAAUGCAAAUAUAUGAUUUUGAAUUAGUGUAUAAACCUGGGAAAGAUCUACACGUGGCAGACGCUCUCAGCAGAGCACCGGAGACACGGCAAUAUGUGGAGGAUCCCGCUCAACGCAGUGACGAGUGCGUAAAUAUGGUAGUCUUGUCCUUAGCAGUGACACCAACUUCUCAGGAAAAGUUUGUAGCAGCAACAGCAGCCGAUCCAACUCUAAUUAUGGUAGCAGGUUUAGUUCGCAAAGGUUGGCCAGAACACAAGAAGAAUUGUCAUCCCGCGGCUAAACCAUUCUGGUUACAUCGCAGUGAUUUAAGUGAGUAUGGAGGUCUCCUCCUUAAAGGGGAACAAGUCGUUGUACCAGUGGCUCUCCAACCAGAAGUUUUACGACAGAUACACGAAGGGCAUCUAGGAAUAUCUAAGUGCAUUGAACGAGCGAAGCUAACGGUGUAUUGGCCAAACUACGUUGACCAAAUAACAAACAUGGUCGAAGCCUGUAACAUGUGUCAAGACCAUAGACAUCAGAACUCUAAUCAGCCGUGCUUCCCUGUCGCAAUUCCCGAUUAUGCCUUUCAGAAAGUGGCGACAGACCUCUAUGAAAUAGCGGGAGUUCAUUAUCUUCUAGUGAUAGAUUAUUAUAGCAGGUGGCCGUGCGCAGCUCAGUUACGGGGAAUUACUAGUGCAUCGGUGGUGGAAGAACUCAAACGUAUCUUCGUUGACUUUGGCUUUCCUGAACAACUUGUCUCAGACAAUGGAAAACAGUUUGAUUCGUCAGAGUUCCGUCGAUUUUGCAACCGUUAUGACAUCCGCUUAACAACAUCCAGCCCGGAGUAUCCAAAAUCAAACGGCUUGGCGGAAAGGACAGUGCAGACUGUUAAAGAAUCUUUCAUAAAAUCAAAAGGCGAGGGCAAAACCCUCCUCGAUGUACUACAAGUCCUUCGGUCCACACCAGUAGGCAACGGGUUGCCAACUCCAGCAGUGUUACUCCAAAAGCGCAAUCUUCGUGGCGGAUUGUUGUUCACUAAACGAGCUCUGACGUUCAAGGAAGUCGAUGAGCAAGCCGUGAAAGCCCUACUCCAACGCCGCCAAGCAAAUCAAGCGUUUAGUUCGUCAAUGCAGACAAAGGCCCUCCCCGUUCUGACAGUAGGCACCCCCGUUCGGGUACGGGUCUCAAAAAAGUGGAUUGAAGGCGUGGUGAAGUCAGUGUGCCCGCAACCGAACUCAUACAUCGUGAACACCAAUUGUGGUCGUCUAUUCAGGCGAAAUAGGCAGGCGAUAAAUGUAAACAAAGCGGCCCUGAGCCAGUUUAAAAAACCGACAUCUGUGGGGAUCGAAGAUGCUCAACGGCCUCGUCCAGUUAACACACCUAGAGUGAUCAGAACAUCGGCACCCUUUCUCAGAGAAUGGAACUCAACAGUUGUAGAUCCCAAUGCAACUACAUCCACAAACCGCAAUGUCACUCAGGAGCAACACCAAGCGGUUGAGAAUCUGAACAGCCCGGAGGACUCCAGGGAAGCGUUCCAUGGGUUUGAACCAGCAGCCCAGAGUUCUUCCCCUACUAGAGGCUCCGCAAGACGCUCAAAUUCAAUGGAAGCAAGAGUCUCAGUCCAGGAUCAACAACGCCCAAAUAGACCUCGCUCGGUGUGUUCGGGGGAUGAGAGAGUGACCCGUUCCGGUCUUAGAUAUGGAAUCAACAAAUAG